AUGUUCGCAAGGCGCGCUCUCGCCACGGCGCGACCAGCCCUCCGCCAAACACACCCUCGCCCUCUCCUCCAACGCAGCACCCCGCGCAACUCCUCCUCAAACCCGAGCGGCGGCGGCAGCAGCAGUAACCGCGCCGCCGAACGAAUCCUCGACCGCGUCCCCUCGCGCUUCCAGCGCUAUACCUCGGGCCUGCGCAAGGCGCCCCUGUCGCACAUCGUCGCCUUUCUCAUCCUACACGAGAUCACAGCCAUCGUGCCGCUGCUCGGCCUCUUCGGGCUCUUCCACUACACAAACUUCAUGCCGCUCGAGUACGUGACGGGCCACUGGGCGGGCUACGUCCGGGACGGGGUGGGCAAGGCGGAGCGAUACUUCAGUCGCAAGGGCUGGUUCGGGUUCGGGGCCGAGGAUCGGGGGACGAUGACGGGCGAGCUGGACGCGAGCGGGCCGUACGAGACGAAGGAGGUGGAGAGAAGGUGGGCUAAGGAGGAGGGGAUCGUCACGGGGAGUUUCCAGUACUCGACGACGGGGCCGACGGAGGAGUCGGCGAGGAGCACGCAGGAUGUUCUGGAGAGGUGGCAGAAGGAUGACAAGUACAAGAUCGUGGUCGAGGUGGCCAUCGCGUGGGGUAUCACGAAGGCGUUUCUGCCCGCGAGAAUACUCGUCAGUGUCUGGGGAACGCCUUGGUUUGCUGGCGUGAUGGGCAGAGCGCGUGGCCUCUUCAGGUCAAGUAGAUAA